UCCUUAAGACACACAGCUGACAUCAGGGACUCUUCUCUCUCUCCCCCUCCCUCUCACUUUCUCUCCUUCCCUCCCUCCCUCCUUCCCCAGCCCUCCCUCCCUCCGCCCAGUCUCUUCCAACCUCCUUCUCUCUCUCUCCAGCUCCUUCAGGUAAAUCCUACUCUGACUUGUACUGACUCGUUUCUGACUGACAGGGAAGGGUGAGAGAGUCGUCUUCAUUCUGAGAGAUCCCAAACACCUACCCAGGGCGACCUGCAGGGACGGCUCCUUCCUUUGCCCGGACAGAGUGCACCCCCAGCCAGGAGCCAGCCUCCUCGCCAGGCAGGCGACAGCAGAAUCCCAUGGUAGCCAGGUGGGUGAAGGGGAGCCGGGACGGUCCACCUACCUUGAAGAAGACGGCGUCUGACCUGCUGAGUGGUCCCAAGAGCCUGCUGAUGGACCCAAUGCGCCUCAGCAUGUCCAGCGCUCCCCUGGUGAAGCACACAGCCGGACCUGGACUCAAGUCCCACAGACCUCGGGUCAUGUCCAAGAGUGGACACAGCAAUGUGAGAAUCGACAAAGUGGACGGCAUAUACUUACUCUACCUUCAAGACUUGUGGACAACGGUGAUCGACAUGAAGUGGAGGUAUAAGCUCACCCUGUUUGCCGCCACGUUUGUAAUGACCUGGUUUCUUUUUGGAGUGAUCUACUAUGCCAUCGCGUUCAUUCACGGGGACUUAGAGGUGAGUGAGCCCAUUUCAAAUCACACUCCCUGCAUCAUGAAAGUGGACUCUCUCACGGGGGCGUUUCUCUUCUCCCUGGAGUCCCAGACAACCAUAGGCUAUGGUGUCCGCUCUAUCACAGAGGAAUGCCCUCAUGCCAUUUUCCUGUUGGUGGCUCAGCUGGUCAUCACGACCUUGAUUGAGAUCUUCAUCACGGGCACCUUCCUGGCCAAAAUCGCCAGACCCAAGAAGCGGGCAGAGACCAUCAAGUUCAGCCACUGUGCUGUCAUCACCAAGCAGAAUGGGAAGCUGUGCUUGGUGAUCCAGGUGGCCAACAUGCGGAAGAGUCUGCUCAUUCAAUGCCAGCUCUCUGGCAAGCUCCUCCAGACCCACGUCACUAAGGAGGGGGAGCGGAUCCUCCUCAACCAGGCCACCGUCAAAUUCCAUGUGGACUCCUCUUCUGAGAGCCCCUUCCUCAUUUUGCCCUUGACAUUCUACCACGUGCUGGACGAGACCAGCCCCCUGAGAGAUCUCACACCCCAGAACCUGAAGGAGAAGGACUUCGAACUCGUGGUCCUCCUCAAUGCCACCGUGGAGUCCACCAGCGCCGUCUGCCAGAGCCGCACAUCCUACGUCCCCGAGGAGAUCUACUGGGGCUUUGAGUUUGUGCCCGUGGUCUCUCUCUCCAAAAACGGGAAGUACGUGGCCGACUUUAGUCAGUUUGAGCAGAUCCGGAAGAGCUCCGAUUGCACGUUUUACUGUACAGACUCCGAGAAGCAGAAACUGGAGGAGAAGUACAGGCAGGAGGAUCAGCGGGAAAGAGAACUGAGAACACUUUUGUUGCAACAGAGCAAUGUCUAAUGGUAGAACCAUGGCUUCAGUUUCACUCUGCUAAGGUUUCCAUACCUGAGUUCCUUUCCACCAAAAAUGUGUGGAUGCACUCUAAAAAAAAAAAAAAAAACCCAAACUGUGCAAAUGUGCAAAAUCUAUCUUUUCCUUUGAUCUGGUGGCUAAACAAGAGUCUCCAAUUUUAAGAGGGUUCCUUGUUUAAAUGCUUUGUCUGAAACAAACUCUCAAAAUUCGAAUUUUCUAAAAUGGGCUACAUUUCGAAGACCUUGGUGCAUGGCACUUGCAAAAAUGUCCUGUUGGAUGGAGAGAGACAUUCAGCAAUGCUGACAGUGAAUGGCAAUGCCUUUCUGCAUAAGGGUAGCAGCUGUAACAUAAGGUAUUUAUUCAACCCAACUAUCAAAGACAUUAUGGCUGAGACUUGAAAUGUGGUUCACUUUGAUAUUCACUAUAUCAUUGCUUUAAAACACUUUUUUUUCCCUCAGGCAGAGAAAAUGUUAUAUAUACUGGAGGCUAUCUGGUAAUACAGAAAAUGGGGCAGGGGGAUAUAUUUUGUACUCACAGAAUAUAAUAAUUCCAUUGUUACCUUUUUUCCAGUGGAUUGAAUUGUGUAGAGUAAAAUCGAUCAAUCAGGAGUUAAGGGUGGUGGAGACAUACACCAAUGGAGCUGAGGCUAUUUGUUCACACUCAUUUUCUGUUGGAACAUGCCCUUUCUGUUCCAAAUGUGGACCACAGACCAGCAGUAUCAAGCUCCAUCUAGGGGCUUAUUAGUAGUAUAGACACCCCAGCCACACCCAACUUAGAGAAUCAGAGUUUGUAUCUUACUAGGACUCCCCAAGUGACUUGUGUACAAAUGAGUUUGAAAAACUCCUCUCUGGGCAGUGUGUUCGAGGAACCUUCUGAAAAUCUGUGGGACUCUGUGGGUCCCAGGUCCAUGUGGCCUCUGGACCUGUCCUUCCUGUAGUUCAUUCUUAUGAACCACACUUCCUUUCAGCCACUUCUUUCCUUAUCUGUUAAGAUGCCUUGUCCCCAGAGGAAGUGCCAUUGACAUUCUGAGAGCAAAAUAAAACUCUUGCAAGUAAUGGUUGUCUCAUUCCAGCUAAGUAUUGUAUCUGGUUGUGGAGAAGAGUUAGAACAAAAGAAAAAUUAAGCUGGGUAAGAAUCAGACAUUUGCUCGGAUGUUGAAAUCUGGAAAGUUGAAUGGUCCCGCAAAACAGGAAUUGCAAGGGGAAUUCAUACCCAGAUGGGUCUGGGAAGCAUGAGCAAAAUCCGGUCAUCGGAUAACAUGUCAAGGAUGUCCUCAGUAUUUAAACAAAUCUUGUGCAACUCAGUGUUACAGAGUAACACUUUGCCUUCAGCAGAAUUUAGAUACCAGGCACCCUGUAUUUCUCUGCUGCAGGGGAUAAAUGGGCUAGGAUUGGCUAAAUGCACAAAAGGUGAAUUCUCAUUUCAUUCAAAAUGGGAUGGAUUUGUGUAUUUGCUCAAGAAGCAUAUGACUGUAAGUGUGUAGGUGCUGCUUGGACAUACACGUGAGCCCACAUGUGUACACACAGGCAUGCACAUAUACACAGGGACUCGCACACUGGCUCUUGAAGCACAGUUGUGGAAAUUGUGGGAUUCCUCUAGGAUUGGGGACACUGGGACUCAGGG